AUGAGAGUACAGCUGGCGUUCCUGGUGCUCUGCGCCUUGCUUGUUCGCGACUCCGAAGGCAACCAAGAACUUCAUGGAAGGUCUGGUGCUGCAAACUGUGGCUGUUUGAAUGGAGGAACAUGUGUGUCCUACAAAUACUUCUCCAAUAUUCAGCGAUGCAAAUGCCCAAAGAAAUUCCAAGGAGAACACUGUGAAAUAGAUACUUCAAAAACCUGCUACCAAGGGAAUGGUUACUUUUACCGAGGGAAGGCCAACAAGGACACUAUGGGCCGCCCCUGCCUGGCCUGGAACUCUGCCCAUGUCCUUCUGCAAACGUACCAUGCCCACAGACCUGACGCCCUUCAGCUGGGCCUAGGGAAACACAAUUACUGCAGAAACCCAAACAACCAGAAGCGGCCUUGGUGCUAUGUGCAGGUUGGCUUAAAGCAACUUGUCCAAGAGUGCCUGGUGCAUGACUGUUCUUUGGGAAAAAACCCCUUCUCUCCUCCAGAAAAGUCAGAGUUUCAGUGUGGCCAGAAGGCUGUGAGGCCCCGCUUUAAGAUUAUCGGAGGAGAAAUCACAACCACUGAGAACCAGCCCUGGUUUGCAGCCAUCUACAAGAGGCACCGGGGAGGCUCAGUCACCUAUGUGUGUGGUGGCAGCCUCAUCAGUCCUUGCUGGGUGGUCAGCGCUACACACUGUUUCAUUAAUAACCCGAAGAAGGAGGACUACAUUGUCUACUUGGGUCGGUCAAAGCUUAAUUCCAAUACGCCUGGGGAGAUGAAAUUUGAAGUGGAAAAGCUGAUCUUGCAUGAGGACUAUAGCGCUGAGACACUUGCUCACCACAAUGAUAUCGCCUUACUGAAGAUCCGUUCUAGUUCUAACAUGGGCCAGUGUGCGCAGCCAUCCCGGACCAUACAGACCAUCUGCCUGCCCUCACAGUAUGAUGAUGCUCGUUUUGGUGCAAGCUGUGAGAUCACUGGCUUUGGAAAAGAGAAUUUUACUGACUACCUCUUUCCAGAGGAGCUGAAAAUGACAGUGGUGAAGCUACUUUCCCACCAGGAGUGUCAGCAGCCCCACUACUAUGGAUCUGAAGUCACCUUCAAAAUGCUGUGUGCUGCUGACCCACAGUGGAAGACAGAUUCCUGCCAGGGAGACUCAGGGGGGCCUCUGGUCUGCUCCAAUCAAGGCCGCCUGACGCUUACAGGGAUUGUGAGCUGGGGCCGUGGAUGUGCUCUGAAGGACAAGCCAGGCGUAUAUACAAGGGUCUCACAAUUCCUGCCCUGGAUCCACACUCACAUUGGGGAAGAGGAGAAUGGUCUAGCCCUCUGA